CUCCGUGAAGAAAACCCUACUCGAUAUUCCGUGAACAAAACCCUACUCGGUAUUUGCCGUGUUUUCAGGAUCGGCAACUCUUUCAAGUUCUCAGUUCCAUUCCUUGGUUCGACACAGGGUUUUCCAGCGCUGAAGAUGAGGACGCGAAAGACGGACUCCCCUAAAUCUGGCCCUGGGAAGAAGGCGGCGCAAGCUAAGAAGGAGUUGGCCGCUGUGGAGAAAACCCCGGAAUCGACACAAAAAUCCGCGCUGAAGCCGACACCGAAAACAUCGGGGACGAAGGGGGCCAGGGGUAAGCAGUCGGCAACGAAAGCUGCAGCGGCUGCCGAGGUUGUCGAUGCCUCUAAGGCCAACGCGGUGGUUGCUGCUGCUGUCACUGACUCUGAAGUUGACGCUAAAGAAAUGGAGACUUCUGUGGAAGUUCCGGAGAAAUCACUUGAGAAAAAGGUCCGUGCCAAAGCGAAGUCACCGCUGAGUGGGAAGUUAGCCGAUUCUUCCUUCCCCAAAGAGAAGGAAACUAUGGAAGAACCUGUUGCUAAAAUAGAAGGGGAAGAGAUUAAGGAAAAUGCUAAGGAGGGGCUGCAGUUUGGCACUACUGCUAUUUUGCAGGAAGAGUUGCCAAGGCUUGAUGUUACCUCUGAUAAGAAGUAUGAGGAAGAGGAUUUAGUGAUUUCUGUGGUAGGGCCAGAGAUUGAACAGAUGGAUUCUAAAACUGAUGCAGAUGAAGCACUUGAGGAGGCUGUUAUAGAGAUCAAACUAGAAAGUAGUAUAACAAAAAAUGAUGAGCUUGAAGCUAUUCCAGAAGUAAAUGAUGUAAAUACGACUUACCCACAUGUCAAAGGUGGUACACGUAUUAGUGAAGGUCAAAAUGACGAAUCAGAUGGUAGAAGUGAAAAGAACGCUUAUGAGGACCAGCAGAUGGAUGAAGCAAUAGGGCGGGAUAACUUAAGGGGAACUGGUGAGGAGUUUCCAUCAGUAGAGGCAGGAGAAGGUGAAGUUGAAGGAGAGGGUGUGGAAGGUGUGAGGGAUGAUGAAGAAGGCCCCAAGCUUGAGGAGGAGGAGAAGAUUCAAAUUUCUGAUAUGGCCAAAGCAAGAAAGAUGAAAAAGGAACAGGAGAUUUUUGUUGGAGGUCUGGAUCGGGAUGCUGUGGAGGAUGAUUUGAGGAAGGCAUUUGAAAAGGUUGGUGAAGUUGUUGAGGUGCGGUUGCACAAAGACUUUGCUACCAACAAAAACAAGGGCUUUGCUUUUGUUAAGUUUGCUAGCAAGGAACAGGUAGCCCGUGCUCUUGAACAGAUGAAAAACCCUUUGAUACGUGGAAAGCGCUGCGGCAUUGCGCCUAGUGAAGAUAAUGACACUCUCUUCUUAGGGAAUAUUUGCAAUACUUGGACUAAAGACGCAGUAAAGCGCAAGCUAAAGGACUAUGGCAUAGAUUCAGUUGAGAGUAUAACACUGGUUGCAGACACACAAAAUGAAGGAUUGAGCAGGGGCUUUGCCUUCCUUGAAUUUGCUUGCCAUGCAGAUGCAAUGGCUGCUUACAAAAGGCUCCAGAAGCCAGAUGUGAUUUUUGGCCAUGCUGAAAGGACAGCAAAAGUAGCUUUUGGUGAGCCACUACGAGAACCUGACCCAGAAGUCAUGGCACAGGUGAAAUCAGUGUUUAUUGACGGGCUACCACCAUAUUGGGAUGAGGAUCAGGUGAAGGAGCAUUUUAAAAGUUUUGGAGAGAUUGAACGGGUGGUCCUUGCCCGGAACAUGUCUACUGCCAAACGGAAGGAUUUUGGGUUUGUAAACUUCACUAACCAUGAAGCAGCUGUAGCAUGUGUUGAGGGUAUUAAUGACUCUGAAUUGGGUGAUGGAAAAUCUAAGAUGAAAGCUAGAGCUAGGCUUGCAAAUCCUCUCCCAAAAACUCAGGCUGUAAAGGGUGGCAUGAGUGGUGGGUUUCGCAUUGGGCAUAAUGGAAUUGGAGUUUACUCUAGAUUUGGUAGGGGCUUUGUUAGGGGCAGGUUUCCUUCCAACAGGGCUGGGUUUCAGGGCAGCAGGGGUUUUUAUCCACGCGGACGUGGUAGGGGUGGGAGGUUUUCUAGUGCAUCUGUUGACAAUGAAAUGCCUUCUGAAUUUCAUGGCUGGAGGCCUUAUGGAGUUCAAGGUGGCAGAAGAGGUUCUACUUCUGGAAGGCUUGGUGCUUUUGAUAGAGGUCGUGGCAGAGGAUUUCCAUCUAGAAGGCCACCUUACUCCCAAGAAGGGGAUUUUAGUGGACAUUUUGGUGCUGCGCAAUUUGGUGAAGAUCCUUACUUCUAUGGUGGAGGACGUGGCCUUAAGCGUCCUUUUUCUAUGUUGGAGCACGAUCCUAGUUAUCUCGCUACUAACAGACUACGCCCUCGCUAUGAUCUUCCAGACCCACUGUCUGCUGGUCCACGCUAUCGAGACUCUCUGGGGACGUCUGGUUUAUAUUCACGUGAUUACUAUGGUUCAGAUUUUGGUGGUAGCUCUUAUUCAUCAUUCUAUGGAGGCGAGCCUUCUGGAGGUGGUUAUUUUUAUUAGAUGAUCUGAAGAUUCGGAGUUUGUUGUCACAUGAAAAGGGAUUAUGAGGGGCUUCUUCAACGUCAAAAACAUCACUAUUGUUGAUUUCCAUGCUUUUUUAUUAUCAUCUUUGAGACUCAUUCUACCAUGAAUAUGCUAGUGUCAGUUAGUACCAGGUUAUUUAUUUAUGAGUGACUUAGGGUUCCAAUUAUAAUUUUGAUGUCUGGUAUAGGGCUUUUAACAUUAUAUGAUGACUUUGAUUGGAAUUAGAACUUUUACAUAAAGUUUUUGGGUUUGUAAUUUUGAGGUCAAUCAACCAUAAGAUGACAUAUAUGUGGUUUCUUUAUGAUAUUUUGUUGGAUAACUUAUGCUAUACAAUAACAUUGACAUGAUGAUGUUCAUUUAACUCUGUAGUUGAUUAUGGGGCGGUGCAUGAAAAUUGCAUCUAGAUUGGUGAGUUCCUCGUCAUUUACUGAGGUGAUACAUUUGAUACAGGGAAUUAUUAUUUUAUGCUUCUGUAAGGACAAAUAGUAGGGAGAUUUCAAUAUUUUAUAGUUGUUCUGAGAAGGAAGUAUAAGAUCAAUAUCAUUGGCAGUUGAAGCCUUUCACCAAUAAGGCUUUUAUGCAUGUAAAGCCAUUGUGAUAGCUGUUGUGACUUUUAAGUUGGCUUAAUUUUUUGAAGGCCAUUAUACGUGCACAGUUAUUAUUUGAACAUUUGGAUGACCUAUGCUAUUUGCUGUAAAUUGGAGUUUUUAUCAGGCUUCCCAAAGAUAAAAUCUGCAUGUAACGUGGAAUAUCUCAAAGAUAAAAUCUGUAUGUAACGUGGAAUAUCUGGUGAUGACCCUUCUUAAUUCAGGUUUACCUGGCACUUUGUCACUGUGCUUUGUUGUUGGAGCUAGAAAUACAAUUUGUUCUAUUGACAUUACAAUAUCAUUGUAUUUUGGACUGUUUUUGAUGGAGAAAUAGGACUUUAUUUUAGGGUUUUGACCACCAUGCAGUACAAAUGCUCUGUACAAACUUUUACGGGAAGGCAGUUCAUUGAUGAGCUAUGCUAUCUUUUUAUUGACUUGUCAUGGGUUAAACAUGUUGAUGAGUACGUUUAAUUUUCCUGUUUUCAUUUGACGGGAUAAUUUUUUAAUCAAGGUCAACCUUUAUACUGGUUGGAUUUUUUUUCCCAUUUGGCUAUGUACAAAAAUUUAUUUCUUUUCCCAAGCAUUUACC